AUGUCGUCCUCCAUAGCGUCCACGUCCGCUCUUCCAGGCAGUGUAGCAUCCACCAGCAUCUCCGUCUCGUCCUACAUACGAGGCGCCAGCGCAACCGACCUCGACCUCGCGACCACCUCGCUCUCCUCCACGUCCAUCACCAUUGUACCGUUGACGUCCGUUGAUCGUGUCCGUCUCCUUUCCGGAAUCUAUGGACCCUUCCGACCACCCACGCCUGCCACUGUCCCACUGUGGGUAGCGGUCCAUCUCAAGAAGCGCAAAAAAGCAGUCAUCGUCACACCAACCUGGCUCACCGUAGAGUCCCUCACCGAGACUUUGAAGCACGAGACCACACAACCGGGCUUCUCCUCCCUCCCACACUACUGGAUUGGUGUCUCUCAGGCCCUGCUGAGCAACGCCUCAGACGACGUGCCUAACUCCAAUCGAGUUCGGGCGCUACUCAAAGACAUCCGAGAAGCACGUCAAAGCAAGAUCCUCAGCGGUGUACCUAUGAUCAACUCGGUCCAUCUACAGAUGCACAACAUCUCCGCACACGAGGUCGCAGAACUUCGAGGAUUCUUUGGAACCGCUUUCGCCCACUUGAAAGCGUUGAGACCGGCCAACGAGGUAGAUGCUGAAGGCAAAUUGCAGAGCGAAUUGGAUGCCAGGAAUAGGUGGUUGUUGAUGCCCAGCUUACCGACUCAUCUCGGCGACGAAAGCAUGAUCAGGCCUGGUGCUCCAAGUGCUGCAAGAGACCAUCACCGCGAGAUGUCGUUGGAUCAGGACGAAUCGAUGAACACAAACUACACAGACGAAAGCAGCUUCUAUGCCGGCCAAGACGCAACGAGAGCACAGCCGAGAAAGUCAAACGUCUCCGAUUCAGGCUACCACUCUGCUCCUCGUGCCGACCGCUCGACAUCACCAUCGUAUCCGCGUCAAGCUCAGCCCAGUUCAUCCGGAACGAAUCGUCCACCCAGAUUUGCCGUCGAUGACGAAGACGACGAUUCUUAG